UUUUUUUUUCUUCUCUACGUCAACCCCUUCUUCCCUUUCCGUCGCUCUAUAAAUCUCAUUCUCCUGUCAUUUCUGCAUACCCCCUAAACAUACCAGCACGUAUCGCUUGGUCUCCCCCUAGAGUCGGUUUGUCGUCAUCUUCUUUUCGCGGACUCGCGCCUCCUAGCGCGCCGCAUCAACCUCACCACAAUGGGUCUCUCCAAAACCAACAGGAUCAAGAUCCUGCUGGCCAUUGAUACAGCAUUCUUUUUCUUGGAACUGAUUGUUGGCUAUUCCGUCCACUCGCUUGCCCUUGUUGCGGAUUCGUUUCAUAUGCUGAAUGAUGUGUUGUCAUUGUGCGUCGGUUUAUGGGCCGUGAAGGUCGCCAACCAGGAGACCACUUCUAAGAUGUACACUUACGGGUGGCAACGCGCAGAAACCCUCGGUGCCUUAGUAAACGGUGUCUUCCUUGUCGCUUUGUGUUUAUCGAUAUUCUUAGAAGCUAUCCAACGACUGGUGGAACCUCAGGAAGUGCAAAACCCGAAGCUGGUCUGCAUUGUCGGCUGCUUUGGCCUCUUGUCUAACAUCUUGGGUCUGGUGUUGUUUCAUGACCACUCCCAUGGUCACAGCCAUGGGGAAGAUACAGAGGACGUGAAUGCCGCAGAACAAGGCUAUGUGUCUCAGGCCGGAUGCGACCAUGCCCGUCCAGAUAAGCGGGGGAUUACAAACGAGUCCACAUCCUCUUCCCCUGAUACUCGGAGACGCCGAACACUCGAUAGCCAACACCGCGGGUCCCGCCGAUACAGCAACGCCACGAACCGUGGUUUCGUCGGUGUGGAAGACAUCCAAGUACACCCAGCUACCAUGAGACAAGAGAUUAUUGCGGCCAGUCGCAAUCGUUUUGUUGAUGAGGAACAGUCUUCUGAAUCGGAUAGUGACCAAACAGGCGUUGCUGAAGUGGAUAACUUGCAGCCUUCGGAACGAUCUGCCCUUCUUAGCCCCCAAAACCGCGGGGCCAAGUAUACGGAUGAAGUAAACGCGCCCUUUCUACCAGGUGCAACGACCGAUGACGACAUUCACAAAUUCCAUAAUCACGCCCAGCCAAAGUCGAAGGAUUCCAAACACGGUCAUGGCCACGGCCACGGCCACGGCCAUGGCCACGACCUCAAUAUGCGGGGCGUUUUCCUACAUGUUAUGGGUGAUGCCCUAGGCAACGUGGGGGUCAUCGUUUCGGCCCUAGUUAUCUGGCUGACUGACUAUGACUGGAGGUUCUACGUUGACCCUGGCAUUUCGUUGUUGAUUACAGUGAUUAUCCUUGCCUCGGCCAUUCCUCUGUGUAAAGCCGCGUCGAGAAUUCUUCUACAGGCCGUACCAUCCAGCAUAAGUAUUGAUCAUAUCAAGGAGGAUAUUGAGAGACUCCCUGGUGUCAUCGGCUCGCACGAUUUACACGUUUGGCAAUUGAGUGAUACGAAGCAUGUCGCUUCAAUUCACAUUCAAGUGGAUACGGAGAUCAAAGGCGAGGGUUCAGAGAGGUAUAUGCGCCUGGCUAGACAAGUGAGAAGAUGCCUGCAUGCCUACGGCAUUCACUCAACCACGAUCCAGCCCGAGUUCGCACUAGGAAGCGACGCCGAAGACAAUCAAGCCGCUCCACCGGAUUCCCGUCGGGGCAGCAACGAUCCUUCAGCACCCGGUCAGUCUUCGAACCGCAUCAAUAGCCUGCGGGAGGAGGACCCGCGGGCAUGCCUUUUGGAAUGCGGCGAUGGCUGUACGCGAGGUGGAGAGUGCUGUCCUAAGACUUCAACAUAAUUCGACAUUGUACACUACGUACUGUUCAUCGUCGGUCAAAAGCUGGCCGUCGUUCCUUAUUCAUACCCCCUUGUCUCUCUCUUGUUUUUCAUAUUUUACCUGGAUUGUAUGUUGGUGCCUCAAGUAAAAUUCUUAUUAUUGUCUUGGGUGGGCUAUUGCUAUUUCAUUACGACCUAAUAUACUGCCAGUAGAUAUUCCGAUAUAUCUAUAUCAAUGGUGUACUCAUAAGAGCACUUUGUCUCGCUCAUCUUUUCUCUGCGUUCCAAUGAUAUUAAUAGAAUCCCAACGAGAUUUCUUCUACUUUUCUGUACUCCGUAAUUAUAGAUCUGGUCUGGAGUACAGAGUAAACAAGAAUCUAUUAAUAGACGUCUGGACCCACGACAGUCUAAGCUUUACUGCCGUCACCCUACACGUGACCCCGCAUCCGCUGGUCAGUGGAGAUCAAGAGGAAAAA